GUGUAGCAAUAAAUAGCAACUAGCUAGAUUUGAUGAUGGCGAAGGACAAAAUGAAGAACAAUAACAGUAAUACUAAGAGCAAGCUGAGGAAAGGGCUGUGGUCGCCGGAGGAAGACGAGAAGCUGAUGAGGUACAUGGUGACGAAUGGACAAGGUUGUUGGAGCGACAUUGCCAGAAACGCUGGACUUCUUCGUUGUGGCAAAAGUUGUCGGCUGCGUUGGAUCAAUUACCUCAGACCUGACCUCAAACGUGGUGCUUUUUCCCUUCAUGAGGAACACCUCAUCAUUCAUCUUCACUCUCUCCUUGGCAACAGAUGGUCUCAGAUUGCUGCGCGUCUUCCUGGAAGAACAGACAAUGAGAUUAAGAAUUUCUGGAACUCUACAUUGAAGAAAAGGUUCAAAAAUAACAACACUUCCUCAUCUUCAUCACCAAACAACUCAUCAUCCUCGACAUCCUCAUCAUCAGACCCUAAAAAUCAUGUCCUGAUCAGUGGAAACUCAUCAAGCAUGAUCGACCCAUUAAUGCCCAUGAACUUCUCUAAUUCCUCCACGUCAUCCUCCUUGUCCAUGCAAGUCCCCAUCAUCUUCGGAGAUCAAUUAGUUUCCGAUACCUUUUUCACGUUGAAUCAUCAUCUUGACACGAACAAUGUCGAAGGAGCUGGUAAUUUUCCUUUAUCUGCAGAACUCGGCGACAUAGAAGAAGGGCUUUAUAAUAAUAAUGGACAUUAUGGGACAACAUUACUACAGCCUAGUUGCAACCUGGAAGGUGGUCGUGGAGGCAAUAUCGAGGUCCCAAAUUUUCAUGAUCUUAGUGUGAAAAGCCACUACAACAACUUCAAUAAUAGUUGCUUCAAUUACACUAAUGAUCAUCAUCAAAUGAUUCAGAGCUCAAGUAGAGUAGAGGGAGAGGGCAUGUUUGGGUUAGGAAAUAGCAAUAAGAUCAUCAAUAAUCAUACUAUUAUUAAUGAGCAUCACUUAGGAGAUCAAAACCUAGUGGGAGAUCAAUGGGAUUUGGAAGAUCUGAUGCAAGAUAUGUCUUCUUUUCCCUUCCAUGAUUUUUCCAAGUUAGUCGAAUAAUAAUUAAGCAGUGCCAAUAUAUACCAAUUUUCAGCGAGAAAAGAACCAUAUUUUGAAUAAAAUUCUGAGUGAGAG